AACCAUGAACGAGGUCUUUCGGCCGCUGCUGGAUAAAUGCGUCAUCGUGUACCUCGACGACAUACUGGUCUACAGCACUACCCGGGAGCAGCAUUUGAAGGAUUUGGAAGCGGUUUUCUCUCUCUUGCAGCAGCACCGACUCAUCACCAAGGGCUCUAAGUGCGAGUUUCUCAAACACGGACAGGAGUUUUUGGGACACGUCAUUUCCAUCGACGGAGUUAAAAUUUACCUCAAGAAAAUUGUGACGAUACAAGACUGGAAGCCGCCGGCUAAUCUCCGCGAACUUCAGAGUUUUCUGGGGUUUGUCAAUUACGUCCGCCGUUUCAUUCCGAACAUGGAUCUCCUGAAGAAGGGCAAAUUUUAUGAGAGGCACAUGACUCGAAUUUCUUGGGUCACUACGGCAUCGAAAAAAACCACCAAAUUACUGAGCCGUAAUGAUUACUGGACCGAUUUGCCGACAGAUGUACAGCUGUACAUCACCUCGUGUGCCACGUGUCAACGCAUGAAGUCGUCCCGGCUUCGACCUGCGGGAUUGCUGCAGCCACUCAAGCCACCCAGCCGACCUUGGCAACAAGUGACGAUUGAUUCCGUCACUGGCCUGCCAGCUGGUCCAAGCGGCAACGACGUGAUUCUCGUCGUCGUUGACCGGUUGACCAAGAUGGCUCACUUCGCCGCCUGCAAGACGACAAUUACUGCCGAGCAGAUAGCAAAACUGUUCCUCAUGAACAUCGUGCGGCUACACGGCAUCCCCUUGGCAAUCAUCAGCGAUCUUGACCCACAGUUGACGUCCAACUUCUGGACAAAAACCUGGCAGCAGUACGGCACACGUCUGCAUCUGUCCACGGCGUACCACCCGCAAUCGGACAGCCAGACUGAGCGCACCAAUCAGACAAUGGAGCAGGUGAUUCGCACGACACGCACAAACCCAGCCCAAUGGGAGGACGCCCUUCCAUUGAUCGAGUUUGCGUACAACAAUGCCCCAUCGGCCACGACUACUCAGUCCCCGUUCUUCCUUAAUUACGGGAUAGACCCGACAACCCCUCUAUCGCCACCGAUAGAAAGCUCGGCACCAAGAUCUCAGCAGUUUGUCGAAAAUCUCCGACAGUCUAAAAAAAAAGCCGCCGAUGCCAUCCUCAAAGCCAACCAACGGGCUAAGCAGCAAGCUGACCGACGACGCCAAGACUUAACGCUCGCCCCUGGGCAAUUGGUCCUGCUCGACACCAGAAAUUUGGGAAUUCCCCUCCCAAAUAAGCUACGACCAAGAUUUUGCGGCCCAUUAUGCAUCAUCCGCAUGGGCUGUCGUGGCCCCAAGGGGGGGCGUGGUGUCAGUGGUGGUGGUGGUGGUGGUGGUGGUGGUGGUGGUGGUGGUGGUGGUGGUGGUGGUGGUGGUGGUGGUGGUGGUGGUGGUGGUGGAGGUGGUGGUGGUGGUGGUGGUGGUGGUGGUGGUGGUGGGGACAGUGGGUCUGACGAGGGGAUCGAGGCUGGUGCCCAGGAGUAGCAGCAGCCGCAGCCGCCGCAGCAGCAG